CUUCCUAAACCAAGCACAUACACACACUCUCAGGCCCACUCAGCUCACACCGCAGAGACCAUGGCCCCUACCGCUCUCCAGACAGGUGGCUUCGUCCUGGGGCUGCUCGGCGCGGCAGCCAUCAUCGCCGCCACAGGCAUGAACAACUGGAGUGCCAAGGAUCGCCAGGGCGACGUGGUGACCUCGGUGUACACCUACAAGGGUCUGUGGCAGGACUGUGAGACCACCUCCGCAGGAAUGACUGAAUGCAGGCCCCUCUACGGCCUCCUUGGAUUCUCAGGUACCUUUCAAGCUGUGAGAGCACUGAUGAUCGUGGGUGUGGUUCUGGGUGUCAUUGGGACAAUGAUAUCCGUGUUCUCCCUGAAGUGCCUCAAAAUAGGAAGCAUGGAGGACUCAUCCAAAGCUAAGAUGACUCUUACUGCCGGGAUCAUGUUCAUCAUUGCCGGUGCUUGUGCCCUUGUAGGAGCCUCCAUCUACGCCAAUCAGAUUGUGGCUAGUUUCAUGAUUACCACCAACCAAAACUAUGGAGGGGGGAUGGGGAUGGGAGGAAUGGGAGGGAUGGGAGGGAUGGGAGGGAUGGGAGGGAUGGGAGGGAUGGGAGGGAUGCCCAGGUACACAUUUGGGCCUGCCCUCUUUGUAGCCUGGAUAGGCGGGGCUGUGCUGUGUGUGGGCGGAGUCCUGAAGUGUGUGGCCUUCAGAGGUAUGCUGCCUGACAAGGCAAGCUACCCAGGAGUGACCUACAAAGCCCAGGUCCAUAACAAACCUGUGUACGACGACGCUCAUUCAGAGAGUGGAAAGAAAGAUAAUCUGAAAUAUGUAUAAUUUUCAAUGUUUAGAGAAAUCCUGCUCCAUUUUCAUAUAGUACAUGCUUGCAAGUCUUUUGUCCCACAGUACAGAGAGCAAAAUGUAUAUUUAAAUGUGUAUUGUUUUAUUGGAUUUUUUUAAUGCUGGUGUAAAAAUUGUAGACACUUGUAAGCUAUAAUACUCUAUUAUAGCUCGUAUACCAUUGUGAUAGCACAUUUGUAUCGCUAAGUUUC